AUGGAAUUCUACGAAACGUCCCCCUACUUCUUCCCUGAGCAGAGGCUUUACGAGGAUGAGAACUACUUCCCUGGCCGGCUCCCGCAGCCCGGCUACGGGGAGCCGGCGGAGCUGGGGCUGUGCCCGGAGGGUCGGGGGGCGCUGGAGGAGCCGGGGCCCAGGGGGCCGGACCACUGUCCGGGCCAGUGCCUGCCCUGGACCUGUAAGGUUUGCAAGCGUAAGACGGUGUCCGUGGACCGGCGGAGGGCGGCCACGCUGAGGGAGAAGCGGAGGCUCAAGAAAGUGAACGAGGCGUUUGAGGCCCUGAAACGUAGCACGCUCCUGAACCCCAACCAGCGCCUGCCCAAGGUGGAGAUCCUGCGGAGCGCCAUCCAGUACAUCGAGCGGCUCCAGGCCCUGCUCAGCUCCCUCAACCAGGAGGAGCGGGACCUGCGCUUUCGCUCUGGGGCCCCCCAGCCCGGGGUGCCCAGUGAGUGUGGUUCCCACAGUGCUUCCUGUAGUCCAGAAUGGGGCACCGGCCUGGAGUUCAGCGGGAACCCCGGAGAUCCUCUGCUCCACGACGACUCCGCCGACGCCCGCAACCUACACUCACUCACCUCCAUCGUGGAGAGCAUCACCGUGGACGAUGUCUCCGCAGCCUUCCCUGGAGAGACCGGGACCAACUGA